AUGACUCGAAGGACAUUUACACUCGAUUUUAAUGGAUUAUAUCGUGAGCAACAUGAACGCGACGACAUUGAACGACGGUAUGAAUCUGUUAAGCGGAAUUCUGGGAUUCUGCGACUUAACGGUGAAGUGGUCAAGGCGGACUUCCAAGAAUUGCGUUUCAUCUCGGAUAUUGGCAGUGGUAGCUGUGGCCACGUCUCUAAGAUGAGCUACAGAGGUCACGUAAUGGCUGUUAAGGACAUGAUCCGAACAUCGAACAAGGAGGACAAUAAACGCAUCAUUAUGGAUUUGGAUGUUAUUUCACGUGCAGACGCCUCCAAUCAUAUAGUUCUAUGCUACGGCUACUUCAUAUCAGAAACAAGUGUCAAAGUUUGCAUGGAAAUCAUGGCAUCUUGUCUCCAUACUCUUCUACGAAGCGCGAAUCGUUUAGGAAUUCGCAUUGCUGAGGGGUACAUCGGAAAGAUGGCAGUAUGUAUUGUGCAGGGCCUCGACUAUUUGAAGGACCAUCUCAAUGUGAUUCAUCGCGACGUGAAGCCGUCUAACGUUCUCUUAGACUGGAAUGGGACCGUGAAACUCUGCGAUUUUGGUAUCAGUGGUCAGCUGAUUGAAUCCCGUGCGCAUACUGUGCAAGCAGGAUGUCCUCCUUACAUGGCUCCGGAGCGUUUUGAUCCGCGUUUCAACUCGGACUACGACAUACGAAGUGAUGUGUGGUCGGUAGGGAUUUCAUUGCUUGAACUAGCCACUGGGACAUAUCCGUACUCUCAUAUCGAUUCCGAAUUCGGGAUACUGGCUGCUAUCGUACGCGAUCCAUCUCCCACCCUUCCCGUGAACAUGGACUUCAGCAUUCACUUCCACGAUUUCGUCUCAUUGUGUCUUCAGAAAGAUUUUAAAUGUCGCCCAAAGUACAAAGCCUUACUGAAUCAUCCGUUCAUUCUCAAUAGCAAGCGGGAUCAAAGGCACGACCUUGUCAUCCUUGUUCAGAAUGUUCUUGGCGUGUAA